AUGACCCCGCCUCGCCCCCGCCACGGCCUGCUCCUGAUCGACAUCCAGCAAGGCUUCGACCACCCGCCCCACGCCGGCACCCCGCGGUCGACCCCAGACUUCGAGACCAACGUCGCGCAGCUCCUCGCCCUCUACCGCGCAACCGCCGAGCCCGGCGACAUCUUCCACGUCUGCCACCACUCGACGUCGGCUUCCUCGCCGCUGCACCCCAGCCGCGGGCACGUCGGCUUCCAGCCGUACGCCGCGCCGCUGCCGGGCGAGCCGACGUUUUCCAAAAACGUCAACUCCGGCUUCAUCGGCACCGGGCUCGAGGCGGCCAUCCGCGCGCGGGGCGUCACGGAUCUGGUCGUCGUCGGCCUCACGACGGACCACUGCGUCAGCACCACCGUGCGCAUGGCGGCGAACCUCGGCGUCGUGCCGGGCCGCAUUCGGCUGGUCAGGGACGCGACCGCGGCGUAUGAAAGGAGCGUCGAUGGGCGGACGCAUGACGCCGAGCUGGUUCAGUCGGUCCAUUUGGCUAGUUUGAACGAGGAGUUCUGCGAGCUUGUCAGCACCGCUGAUUUGAUUCGGGAGAUGGAGUCGGCCUGA